ACCGGCUGGUUUUUAACGUGUAGACGUAGCAUAAUCAAAUCCAAAUGUUUCCAAAUAUUUAAUGGUUCGUCAGGUCCGUGUGCUAUGUGAUUUGAUGGUUCACGGUAAUAUGUUGCGCUGUGAAUGUGAAUUAGAUAGAUUAGGUAGGAGAGUGGGAACCUGCGAUUAUACUGUGAUAAAAUGUGCUAUUUCAUUCUAUAUAAUUGUGUUCUGCUGAUUCAUCAUGCUAUCUAGUCGCGUAUUAACGUGCUUAAAAUUAUUCAAUCUGCAGCAAUUUAGAUCAAUAAACCAGACAUUAAGCUUGCGAUCCAUCAAAAAAGUAAGGUUAUACGUGUGAUUGUAAGUGUGAAACAUGUCAACAACAACAGAACAAAAUUCCAGUGAAAUGUCAGGACCUCCAGAAAAUCAAGAAAAAUGCGGCUGGGUAAAGUAUUCAGAGAGCAAACUUGUAUCACUGGAAAAGAAAAUAUUUCAAGUUGUACAGACCGCAUAUAAAGGGUGCCAUGUCCUUAUCGAUCAUAAAUCAAGUAUAAAAGCUAAAAUAUGGACGAUUUCAAUGAACACAGAGUCUAAAAAUACACCAUUGGUUCUUUUACAUGGUUUUGGUGCAGGAGUUGGAUUUUGGUGUUUGAAUUUAGAUUCCUUAGCAGCUAAUCGGCCUGUCUAUGCUAUAGACAUCUUGGGUUUUGGAAGAUCUUCAAGACCAGACUUUAGUUGUGAUAGUCUAGAAGCUGAACAAGAAUUUGUUGAAUCCAUAGAACAAUGGCGUAAAGAAGUCAAACUAGACCAGUUUAUUUUAUUAGGACACAGUAUGGGUGGUUAUCUAGCAACCAGUUACACCAUUUCAUAUCCAAAACAAGUAAAACACCUAAUAUUAGCAGACCCUUGGGGUUUUGUAGAAAGACCAUCAGAUUUUAAUCCACCUCUAUGGUUGAAAACCCUUGGCAUUGUAUUAUACCCAUUUACAGCAUUCAAUCCAUUAGCAACUGUUAGAGCUGCUGGACCUUUUGGACCAUGGAUUAUAAGAAAGAUGAGAUCAGACAUUUCAAACAAAUAUGCCGGACAUUUAGAGAAUCAUGAGAUUAUCAGUGAUUAUAUUUAUCAAUGCAAUUCGCAAAAACCAACAGGUGAAACUGCUUUUCAUAGAAUGAUUAAAGGUUUUGGAUGGGCAAAAAAUCCAAUGCUCAAUAGGAUACAUAAACUGGAUAAUAGAGUACCAAUUACUUUAAUGAAUGGAUCAAACACAUGGAUGGAUAGAUCAGUGGGAAAGAAACUUAAGGAGCUGAGAAAAAGUUCUUAUGUCAGAUUAGAAGUUAUUAGUCAGGCAGGGCAUCAUGUGCAUGCAGACAAUCCUGAUUCAUUUAAUGAACUUGUUGUUGAUGCAUGUAAUCUGACAGAAGGAGGGGACAAACAAAAUGAUAAAUUGCCACUUGAAAUUAUUCCUGAUCAAGACACAAUAGUUACAGAUACACAGGUUGUUGCAUCAUAGUAUUUUACUUUUAUUCUAUUGCAAUUAUGUAAGGCCUAAUUAAAACUAUAUAAAGAAAAAAUAAAAUAUUUGCUCAA